CUGCCUGGCCAGGAUGAGCUGGAGUUUUCUGACGCGGCUCCUGGAGGAGAUCAACAACCAUUCGACCUUCGUGGGCAAGAUCUGGCUGACCGUCCUCAUUGUCUUCCGCAUCGUGCUGACGGCUGUCGGGGGCGAGUCCAUCUACUACGACGAGCAGAGCAAGUUCGUCUGCAACACGCAGCAGCCCGGCUGUGAGAACGUCUGCUAUGACGCCUUCGCCCUGCUCUCCCACGUCCGCUUCUGGAUCUUCCAGAUCAUCAUGGUGGCCACACCAUCGGUCCUCUACUUGGGCUUCGCCAUGCACCGCAUCGCCCGCAUGCCCGAGUCCUCGCGGCGCCAGGCACCGGCAGCCCGGCGGGCACGCAUGCCGGUGGUGCGCCGGGGAGCCGGGCGGGACUACGAGGAGGCGGAGGACGAUAAUGAAGAAGACCCCGUGAUCUUUGAGGAGAUCGAGGUGGAGAAGGAGAAGAGCCCAGAGGGUGGAGAGAAGCACGAUGGCCGGCGCCGCAUCAAGCAGGAUGGGCUGAUGCGCGCCUAUGUCCUGCACUUGCUGUGCCGCUCGCUGCUGGAGAUGGCUUUCCUCUUCGGGCAGUACCUGCUGUACCGCUUCGAGGUGAGCCCCUCCUACGUCUGCAGCCGCAGCCCCUGCCCGCACACCGUCGACUGCUUUGUCUCCCGCCCCACCGAGAAGACCAUCUUCCUCCUCAUCAUGUACGCCGUCAGUGGGCUCUGCCUCUUCCUCAACCUCUGUGAGCUCGUGCACCUCGGCGUGGGGCGCAUCCGGGACGCCCUGGGCCAGCCUGACAGCCCCCG